UCAAGACAUGCAUGCAGCAUCGCUAUCGUAGGAUAUGCUUGCUUAUCACUUAAAAUUGUUGAGGUCCUAGAAAUGUUUGUGUUUUAUAGUAAUUUUCUGCCAUAUUGAAUUUAAGUACUUGAAUUUUACGUAUUGGAUAUACGUUUAAGGAGGAAUGCGGUAAGGGUGAGCAUAUAAUUAUGGAAGUUGACCUGUUCAUGUUAGUGGUCUUGGGAACAGCCAUUACCGCAGCUGUCUCUUCUUCUCCGAACCUGUACAGAACAGUGAGAAAAAAUGGCUUCCAUAGGGAACUCUUCACCAAGAUUUUUAUUCCUACCUCGCUGAUAGACGCAAAAUGUGAGUGUCUUAUAGAGGAGCAGUUUCCCCCUGGGUUGUAUAUAGAUCCUUAUGAAUUAAAGAAUUACAGAGAAAAGGGAGGCCCGCAGUUUGACAGUCCAGCAGUUGACAUUGAAAAACCAAAAGAGUUAUCUCCCAAUCUGGUAUUCAUAAUUUUCCCCCAGCAAUUUACAGCGAUUGGACCAGAGUACGUGACAAACGUGACUGUUCCAGUUCACAUUCGAUAUCACCAGCCCUCUUCAAGAUAUGACACAGUCCAAAUACAGCUUAAAAAUCCCAGGCUCUAUCUUCUUUGUCAGGUAAUUGACAAGUCAAUUCAAAUGAAUAAGAAACAAUUCCCAUGUAACAGUGUAGACAACAAUUGUCUUUGGACUGAAUUAAAGUACAAAACAGAUGUGAUCAACAUAGAGUUUGAUGUCCCCGUGGGGAGCUUCCAUCAUCAGGGUUCUGUAGUUAGUGUAACUCUGGCAGUGACCAUAGCCAGUUGUCUUUAUUUAUCAUCAAAAAUGUUACAGACCCAUGUGAAAUAAAAUUGCAAAAUAG